CCAAAAUUUGGAGUAAAUACAUUCGUUGUGCAACACUAAAAUUGCAAUAACAAAAAGAGAAUUACAAUUUAUUGAUUGAAAAGAAAACACGAAAAAUUACACAUAUGUACAUAAGAAAAGUGCGCAGGCAGCAGCAAUCAAUUUGAAAACAAAAAGUUUGCCAAAAUUGCAUUUACAUACACAAAUUGGUCUGCCUGCAUUUGGCCCUGGACGUGCUUUGUAUCCGUCGAUAACCGAGACGCAAAGAUAGACGCCGUGUGGGGUUGGGCUUCCGCCCCGCUGCGUUUAGCGGCGAACAGAAUGGGCGACUUACCCGGUGGAGGAGGAGGAGCAGCAGGCGGAGCAGGUGCAGCUGGUGGUGGUGGAGGUGGAGGAAAUGGUGCAGCAGGCAGCAGCAGUUCGGGCGGUGGUGCAAGUGGGAGCGGUGGUGGAGGUCCCGGCUCUUCUGGUUUGCCCACUACCAAUGGCUUGGGUGUGGCUGGCACUGCUGGUCCUAACGUGGAUCGUCCCCCAUCUCCGGCCCGCCUCUCACACACGUCCGAAAAGCAUCCAAAAGUCACUUUAACCGAACUCAAUAUGCUGCGUCGCCAUCGUGAACUCUGCGAUGUGGUUCUAAAUGUGGGUGGCCGUAAGAUAUUCGCCCAUCGUGUCAUUUUAUCGGCAUGCAGCUCGUAUUUUUGUGCCAUGUUCACCGGUGAACUGGAGGAGUCACGUCAAACCGAGGUGACCAUACGCGACAUCGAUGAGAAUGCAAUGGAGCUACUUAUCGAUUUUUGUUACACCGCCCACAUCAUAGUGGAGGAAUCGAAUGUUCAGACUCUGUUGCCAGCCGCCUGCCUGCUACAGCUUGUUGAGAUUCAGGACAUUUGCUGUGAGUUCCUCAAACGUCAGCUGGAUCCGACCAAUUGUCUUGGCAUACGAGCAUUUGCUGACACACAUUCUUGUCGUGAGCUUUUGAGAAUUGCUGAUAAAUUCACCCAACACAAUUUUCAAGAGGUCAUGGAGAGCGAGGAGUUCUUAUUGCUACCCGUCAGCCAAUUGGUCGAUAUUAUAUGCAGCGAUGAGCUAAAUGUUAGAUCCGAGGAGCAGGUAUUCAAUGCCGUUAUGUCCUGGCUAAAGUAUAAUGUGGCUGAGCGAAGACAACAUUUGGCACAGGUCUUGCAACACGUUCGUUUGCCAUUGCUCUCACCCAAAUUCCUUGUGGGCACUGUUGGCUCCGAUCUCCUUGUGCGCAGCGAUGAGGCAUGUCGCGAUCUGGUAGAUGAGGCCAAGAAUUAUCUACUAUUGCCUCAGGAGCGUCCUUUGAUGCAGGGUCCCCGCACUCGACCCAGGAAGCCCACACGUCGUGGCGAAGUUCUGUUCGCUGUGGGCGGUUGGUGUUCUGGCGAUGCUAUUGCCUCGGUCGAACGUUUUGAUCCCCAAACAAAUGAUUGGAAAAUGGUUGCACCCAUGUCCAAACGCCGCUGUGGCGUGGGCGUGGCAGUGCUCAAUGAUUUACUCUAUGCUGUUGGUGGCCAUGAUGGGCAAAGCUAUUUAAAUAGCAUCGAACGCUAUGAUCCGCAAACAAAUCAAUGGUCCUGCGAUGUGGCCCCAACCACCUCGUGCCGUACGAGUGUGGGCGUGGCCGUGUUAGAUGGCUUUCUCUAUGCCGUUGGCGGUCAAGAUGGUGUCCAGUGUUUGAAUCAUGUGGAACGCUAUGAUCCUAAAGAUAACAAAUGGGGUAAAGUGGCACCAAUGACCACCAGAAGAUUGGGUGUAGCCGUUGCCGUCCUAGGAGGCUAUCUCUAUGCCAUUGGUGGCUCGGAUGGCCAGUGUCCAUUGAAUACCGUGGAACGUUAUGAUCCCAGACAAAACAAAUGGGUGGCGGUCAAUCCGAUGUCAACGCGACGCAAGCAUCUCGGCUGUGCCGUUUUCAAUAAUUACAUCUAUGCAGUGGGUGGGCGUGAUGAUUGCAUGGAACUAUCAUCGGCGGAGCGUUAUAAUCCAUUGACCAACACCUGGAGCCCCAUAGUGGCCAUGACCUCGCGAAGAAGUGGGGUCGGUCUCGCGGUUGUUAAUGGUCAGCUGUAUGCCGUUGGAGGCUUUGAUGGUUCUGCCUAUUUGAAAACCAUCGAGGUGUAUGAUCCAGAGACAAAUCAAUGGCGCCUCUGCGGAUGCAUGAACUAUCGCCGUUUGGGCGGCGGUGUUGGAGUUAUGCGUGCCCCACAGACUGAGAAUUAUAUGUGGUGCGAUAACAAUUCAAGCAAUAAUAAUAAUAAUAACUAUAAUCUCAAGCAUCAGCAACAGCAGCCACAGCAACAACAACAACAGCAACAACAACAAACACAGCAGCAGCUAUAACAAAAACGAAAACAAAAACGUAUCAAACCGUUCUAAUUUAUUUUCUUCUUCAUUCCUUCCAUACUUGUUUCUUUCUUUCUGCUACAUGCUGCACAUCUCCGACCAUUUUAUAUGUCUGUCAAUCGUUACAACUGCAACAAGCAGGAUACGCAAGGAUUCGGUUGUCUGAUGGGUAGAGCAGCAGUCGCAGCUACCGUCGUCCACGUUGUUGCCGCCCUCCGCCUCAUCCUCAUUACCAGCGCCGGCGUCAUCGUCGUCGUCGUCAUCGUCAAUGUCCUCCAAGCGUAUGUUGCCACCGCCGCAUUUCGUCUAUUGAGAGAAAAGAAACGAAAGAAACGAAAAGAAAAGGAUUAUGGUAAACCGAAGAAGCCAAAAUUUGCUUAAACAAAAAAACAAAAACGUAUUAAUUGUUAAUUGAAAAAUAAUUGAAAUAAUGUUUGUUAGAGUUAAUAUCUCACCACCAUUCACCCACAUGCAUUUGCCUCUCAACUCCUCCCCCUCUCCCCACCCAUUUUACUUCACCACCACGUUCAGAUGAACACACAUUCGCUUACCCAUCGCUCACCCACGAAUUGAUUCAUAAUUUUGGUAUUGUAAGUAAAUGUUGUUGGUGUUAUAUAUUUUUCUUCCAUCUA